AUGGGUUACUUUAAGGAAGCCUACCACGAUGUUAGAUUUAAUUUCAACCACUUUGUCGUUGAUUACAAGCGAAAGUACUACAGUUUGAAUCAAAACCCCAGAGUUUUACGUGCAAGAGUGUCCAAUCAACCAUUUACAUCAUUGAGAACAUACGAGUAUUAUCCUCCAUUGCCAGGGACUAAUGAAGAAGAGUCAGAGGAGUCAUUUGACGACGAGAAUAAGGAGAAUGUACCUGAGCAUUGGUUAAGUUCAACCAAUAUGGAUUUAUUUCCUUCAUUUGAUGCAUGUUUUGACCACACUGAAAAUGGCCCACCACCAAGAAGAAUAUUGUCCGAAGCAGACAUUGAUCAAGUUGGGGAUGAUUUGUUGGAGUCAUUCAGUUUGGACAUGAAGGUAGGAAGUAACUCUAGUCACGGGAGGAAUUUUGAAAUGGUGCAUAGUGACACUGAAUCGGGUCAUAAUAUACACACGGACUCGGGUAUGCAAUAUGUGGGUCCUUUCCAUUUGGUUUAUCCAACACCGCUCUCAACCGAGGUUAAAAAGGGCCACCGCUUGUCUCGAAUAAUCAGAUCGUUUUCCGACGCAGCAACAAGGUGUGGGCAAAACGACGCGUCAAAUGCUUCCUCUUUAUCCCUUGAAAACAUGGAGCAACAAGAAAAAUCUGACGAGCAAGUAGGCCGCAAGCCACCACCAACUGUUGACCAACCAUCAAACAAGAUUUGGAAAAUGGUUUUGAACGAUGCUUCUUUAUCAGCAGCAAGGGUCUCAACUGGAAACUCAACAUCGCCAGUUGUCACCAACCAAUGCAUCAAAGCUGACUUCACUGAUGCCAGAGCAGUGCCACCAAAGCAAGGCGAUAUCUUUGCACAGCACUUGGAACAAGCUAAGUUAAAAUAUAGUCCUAAAUCAAGUAUCAGCUAG